AUGGUGGCCGUCAUCGGAGCAUCUGGUGCGGGCAAGUCUACCUUCCUAGACCUCCUGGCAGGGAAGAAGAAGGAGGGGGAGUGCGCGGGCCAGAUACUUCUCACGCAAUCCGGCGGCGGCGGAGGCGGCGGCGGCGGAGGCGGGAUAGGCAGGUGGAGGAGAGGCGGCAAGGGCCGGGGGCGGCCGUCGGUGUACGUUACCCAGGACGACUUCCACGUGGCUGAGCUGACCGUGCGGGAGAGCCUCGCUUUCGCGGUUCGCCUGUCUAUGGGCGGGAGAGAAAGAGAUCGGCGGGCUCGUGUGGAGGAGCUCCUCGACGUGCUCGGCCUGAGGGCCUGCGCCGAGGUUAGGGUUGGCAACCCCCUCGAGAGGGGCAUCAGCGGCGGCGAGGCGAGGCGUCUCUCGAUGGGCAUCGGCGUGGCGGCCCUGGAGAGCGUGCGUCUUCUCCUCCUCGACGAGCCCACGACGGGUCUGGAUUCCUCUUCGGCAGCGGAGGUGAUGCUGCUUGCGAGGAAGCUGGCCUCCCGGCGAGACAGGCGGGUGGUGGUCGCCUCGGUGCACCAGCCGUCCGCUGAGAUGUUCUCGCUCUUCGACAAGGUAGAUGCACGUGGUGCAAGGAUAACCAAGAGAGGGAGGCAGAGACCGAUAGGCAAGCAGGCGGGGAGAGGGGCAGACGGACAGGCAGGCAGGCAGGCAGGCAGGCAGGCCGAAGGGUGA